AUGACCCUCCGAGACUACGUUUCUCGUCUUUUCCCGCGUUUGGCGAAGACCACCUCAAUCCUCAAGACCGGCUACUAUGUCGGAUGGGAGGGUCUCACCUGCUACCAGUUCGGCGACCUCGUCUUCCGCAACAUCGUGGAACUGCUCACCGACAUCGCCAACGACGUCACCUGGGUGCAUCUCGACAAAAACGACACGCUGACCUUCGCACGCUUCGCCCGCUUCUUCGAGGACGAGGGCAAGGCCAUCCUUUGGCGUAUCUACCGCCGAGGCUUCGCCGUCAUCGGGCUGAACAAGGAGCGGGGCGACUUCCGUCUGCUCAACGAGAGCGAGUACCUGUGUGUCGGCAACGGUGCCGACGUGGCCAUCAAGGCGAAAGACCCCGAGCUGUUCUGCUACGUCAUGAAGUCGCCCGUCUAUGCCGAGGAGGCGCGCAGCGACUACGACCUCUGCCGCCCCUUCGUCAAGUUCCUCGACAACACCCUCAACGCAUCGAACACCGCCUGCGAGAAGAUGGGCGCAUUCGUGGUCGCCUCUCCCGACAACGGCAGCAUGGCCCCGACCGUAUCCACUCUCAAACCCGAGGACAAGAAGGAGAUGGAGGAGACCAUCUCGCAGGAAUACGGCCUGCUGAACAAGCAGCGGCAGAUCAUGCUCCUCCCCCGUGGGAUGAAGUUCGAGACCAUCAACCUCGCCAGCAUCGACACCAAGAUGAGCGACCGCGUGAGGAUGUGCGUCUGCGCCAUCGCCGACCGCAUCAAAGUCCCCGCCAACCAGAUCGCCAUUAUCGACGCCACCUCGUCCAAGACGCUGGCCAACGGCACCGAGCUGCGCGAGGGAGACUUCAACAAGUACCAGAGCUUCGAGCGUGACUGGCAAGAGGUCACCGCACUGCCGCUGUCUACCAUCACCAAGAGGGACACCGACACGAAGCUCCUCGACGGCCUUAUCAUCAAAGGCUACGAGACCAAGUUCGGCAAGACCAACGAGAACGGCGAACGAUACGAGCAGGGCUGCCUCGACGAUUUCAUCCAGUCCUACUUCAUCGACAACAAGCUCAACAUGGUGGUGGACGUUCAGCACGGCUGGACGAUCGACGACCAAGUCGGCCGUGUCAUCUACCUCGAGGCCAACACCGUGGGCUUCUACUUCGUCGCCUACAUACCCCGCCGCCUUCCCCGCUACGAGCAAGUCAAGACCAUGCUCGAGGAGGGCAUCCUUCAAGGCUUCAGCAAGUGCGGCUGGGCCACCGAAUACGAAUACCGCUACAAGGAGAACGGCGAGUUCGACUAUAUGCUCAUCCGCAAGAUGGACGUCCUCUCCGUCUCCCUCGUCACCGCACCCGCCAACGCCGUCGCCUUCGAGGCCAUCGGCGAGGCUACCAAGAUCGCCAACGCACGCAAGCAAGUCAAGAACGAGUUGACCGAGGACGCCGCCGAGCUGCGCCGCAGCCUGGUGGAGAUGCUCGACGAACUCGAGAACGCCGAGAUAGAGGUGGACGAGGCCGAGCUGGCCAGCAGAGUCCGCGAACUCAUCGACGCCUACAACCGUGAAGACCGUGACGUCCCCGAGGCUGUGGCCAACGCCAUCGCCAAGGUCGAGAAGCGCGUCAUGGAUAUGUACAAGACCAUGCCCGUGAGCGACAAGCUGACGCCCGCCGUCAAGAACCAGGUGGCCGCCGCCAUCCUGCGCUCCAAGGGCCGCGAGGGCAUCACCGACGCCGUCAACGCCGUCCUCUUGAAGAACGGCAUCACGGGUUUGUCGUUCAACGACACCAUCGACUUCGCCGUCAACGACAACUGGGGCGACAGCGACGAACUCUUCGCAGCCUUGAAGAAGGUGAGUUUCUCCAAGUUCUUCUACACCGACCAGGACUUCAACGACGCCGACGUCGUGGCCCACGGCUGGGACAAGACCUCCGUCACCGAGAAGGAAAUCCAAGCCCUCACGGUGCAAGGCAAGACCAUCACCACGCAGUACAUCUACAAGCGUCAGCAGGUCGCCUUCGAAGACCUCGACGACAUCGAGGAGAGCGGCAGCACCGCCACCUUCCUGCGUUGGCUGAAUGAGGAACUGGACCGCCAGAUCAUCAACGCCAUCAUCUCCGUCAUGCUCGGCAACACGACCGACUUCACCGACAUCACCACCAUCGAGCCUCUCGUUGGCCUCGGCACCUCGGAUGCCUUCCGCACCGCCGUGACCGUGGUCGACCCGACCGACGUGACCUUCGUCGAAGCCCGUACCAUCGCCGACGCCGUCCGUACUGGCAUCGGCCCCAAGUGGAUGGUCAUGAGCCAAGCCCAACUGACCGCCCUCGCCAAGUUCAAGUACGCUUCCGGUGGCGAUGACAUCUUCCGCAGCAAGGAAGAGGUCGCGGCCAUGCUGGGCGUGGAUCGCAUCUAUGUGACCGACAAGGCCACGGGCCUCAUCUGCUUCGUCCCGUCCGAGUACUGGGUGAAGGAGAAGAACGCCAUGCAGGUGAGUUAUCCGAAGUAUGAGUUCAACGUCAUGAACUACCAGCGUGAGCGCAACAUCGGCGCGGCCGUCCACGGUCUGCUGUCGGUCGCCUUCGGUGUUGGUUCCUAA